AUGUCGUUGGGACCGUCCAUGUCGUUGGGUUCGUCUGGAUCGUCGUGGUUGACGGUUUGGAAGGGUACAUCCGGGUCGUCGGGCCCGAAGGUUUGGAAGGGCCUGUCCGGGUCGUCAAGCUUAUUUGGGUCGUCGGACCCAUUUGGAUCGUCGGGCCCGUUCUGGUCGUCGGACUUGUUUGGAUUGUCGGGCCCGUUAGAUCAUUGGUCUUGUCCGGAUAGUUUGUCCUGUUCGAGUCAUCGGGCCAUUCUGGUAAUAAGGCUCGUUCAGGUCAUCGGGUCCGUCCGGGUCGACGGACAGGCCGUCUGGAUCACGAGCCCAUUCAGGUCGUCAAACCCAUCUGGGUCUUCCGGCCCGUUUGACCCGUCUGGAUUGUCGAGCUCAUUCGGGUCGUCAGACCCUUCUGAAUCGUCAGCCCCGUUUGUGUCAUCGGGCCUACCAAAGAGUUUAGAAUGUGAGGUUGAGUGA